ACUCAAACCCAGACAAUAAAUUUAUGAAAACAAUUAGCAACUCAGGUUUUAAGGUGUUUGACCAUAAUGAUAUAUGUGUAUAUAUGACGCGUUAUGGACAAAUUGAGAAACAUGACACACUGCAUGUGUCACGACUACAGCAACCUGAUAUUAUAAGAGAGCAAACACCAGUUUAAAAGCAAAGGGGAAAAGACGAUAAUAGGUUGCACUUCUGCUCUGCCAUGAACAUACUUUUAUUUUCUCUAAUAUUGUGCAUUUAUUGACUGUUUUAUUAGAAGUAUAUAUAUAGACAGUACCAGCCAGGAUUCUAUCUGUGUCUCUUCAUUUUAAAAGCAUAUUUUAGUAUUUGUUUAUUGUCGUCAUCUGUUCAUCCACAGCUUACCAAGAUGAAGUUUCAGGCCAUCUUUUCCAUGGCUGGUCUUCUCAGCAUUUGCACUUGUGUCCCUAUUUACCAGCCACAAUUUGGAAUAAUUGCAAGUAACAGUAAUGAGGUUUUGCGUCUCAAUGGACUCACUCUAGCAGGUGUGGGUUUGGGACCAGCACAGGGUACUCCAUUUUUCUCUCCCUACCUGAUCCAGCAGCAGCCCCCGCAGGUGCUGAACUUUAACCCUGCGAUGCAGGGACCCUUCUUUCCCCCUCAAAUAAACCAGCUGAACCCAGCACAGUUGCCCCCGUUGCAGCAGGAGCAGCCUAUACCUGGCUUCGGUCCAAAUAACGGCGUACCAGCACAGAACCCUCCCCCGGGCUUUCCAUUCUUCCUGACAAAUCUAUAUCCUCUGAGAAACACUCCUGUAAGGCUGAUACCCCAGAAUGCUGGCCCCAAUGUUCAAGGCCAGGCUACGAUGCAACCAAUACAACCAAUGCAACCAAUGCAACCAGUGCAACCAAUACAACCAAUCCAGAACAGGGUGAAGGCAGUAGACCCGAAGGUAACUUCUGCUCCUGAUUACCGUGGUGAUCGGCCCGGUCCUGGAACUGGAGAGGGGCAUCCUGGCUUCCCAUUGUUUGAGCCAUAGGCUCAGAAGAAUUCGUUAUUAGAAAGAUAUCCCCCCCAUGGAGAUCCCUCACAGGAGACAUUUUUUGUUCAAUUUGGAAAUAUCCAUAUGUUGCCAAAUAAAUAAAUGAUGCUCAAUUUA